AUGCGCGAAUUGGUGACUCUCCAGGUCGGACAGGCUGGCAACCAGGUCGCCACGAGCUUCUGGGAGCGCAUCCUGGCCGAGCACGGCCUCGACGAGGACGGCCACAUCAAGCCCAACGUCGACCAUGUCUGCACCGACAGGCUCGAUGUCUUCUUCUCCGAGGCCGAGGACAAGAAGUACGUCCCUCGCGGCCUGCAGAUUGACCUUGAACCCUCGACCGGCGACGCCAUCAAAUCGUCCAAGCUGGGCCACCUGUUCCGACCGUCUGGCUUCGUCUUCGGCAGCUCUGGUGCAGGCAACAACUGGUCGAAGGGCUAUUACACGGAGGGCGCCGAGCUCGUCGACCAGAUCCUCGACCAGCUUAGGCACGAGACGGAGAGCUGCGAGAACCUGCAAGGGUUCCAGCUCAUCCACUCGCUUGGCGGUGGAACGGGAUCGGGUCUCGGAACACUCCUCCUCGCCAAGAUCCGCGAAGAAUUCCCGGACCGCAUGCUCGCCACAUUCUCGGUUUUGCCCGCCCCGAAGGUUUCGGAGACGGUCGUCGAGCCGUACAACGCCGUGCUCGCCCUGAAUCAGCUCGUCGAGAACGCCGACCUCGUCUUCUCCUUCGACAACGAGGCGCUCGGCAACAUCCUCUCCAAGACGCUCAAGAAGACCAGCCCCGCCUACUCUGAUCUCAACGCCUUGAUCGCCGGCGUCAUGUCUGGCAUCACUACUCCCCUCCGCUUCCCCGGCCAGCUCAACUCGGACCUCCGCAAACUCGCGACCAACCUCAUUCCCUUCCCUCGCCUCCACUUCCUCACCGCCUCGUAUGCGCCUCUCGGCGCCGCCAACGCGACCGCCUUCCGCAAGCUCUCCGUUCCCGACCUCACCCAGCAGCUUUUCGACCCGGCUCACCAGAUGGCAGCCAUUGACUUGCGGAGUGGCAAGUUCCUGACGUCGGCUGCCUUUUUCCGCGGCAAGGACAUUUCGAGUCGGGCCGUCGAGGACUCGAUGCUCGCCGUGCACGACAAGAACAGCGCGUACUUUGUCGAGUGGAUUCCGAACGCGACGCAGAUCGCCCUCACCUCCGUCCCGCCGACCGACUCGCCCAUCGCCGCCACUCUCAUCUCCAACAACACCUCCGUCCAGGACCUUUUCCGCCGCACGCACACGCAGUUUGCGGCGCUCUUCCGUCGUCGUGCGUAUCUGCACUGGUACACCGGCGAGGGCAUGGACGAGAUGGAAUUCACCGAGGCCGAAUCGAACAUCAACGACCUCAUUGCGGAGUACCAGCAAUAUGCCGAGGCGGCCUUGGACGACGACGAGUACGAGGAGGAGGCGUACGAGGGAGAGGGAGGCCAGGAGGAGCAAUAA